CAGCGAGGCACGCAGCGCCGGGCACGUAAAACGAAACCACAGGAGCUCCUGUAUGUGUGUGUGUUACUGUGUGUGUGUGUGUGUGUGUAAAGAUGAUUAAUUAGUAAAAUAAAGCUCCGGUAACCGGACUCCGCGGCUGAUCUGGACUCGAGGGGGAUCUCACAGAGGACACCGGCGCAUGUGGAGGUUGUGUGUCCGGGAGAAGGCCAGCUUUAAUAGGCUGCAGCGUCACUGAGGCUGGUCUGUGCGCACUGGAAGCCCGGGAUUCAAUUGGUGGAUCCGGAAAAGGGGAGCCCCGGCCUUUUCCACUGCAGGAGGAGCAGAGUUAAGGAAACCAAGAGAGAGAGAGAGAGAGAGAGAGAGAGAGAGAGAGAGAGACGCCGCUGCCAAGACAGCAGCAGCAGCAGGAGUAGAAUAGUAGCCUGCGCAGUUUAGAAAUCCUGUUUAGACAUCCUCGUCCCUGCUGCACGGCAUGAGGGACUUCACCCAAACUGCGCACUGACUCUGCAGGAUGCAACGCUGCAGCUGCGCAGUUUGUUAGACUGUUCCGGACGUGUGCAAGAAUUUGACAGAGGAAUUAGGCCUUAAACCGGUCGCUGGCUGCCCACAGCUGCGACAUUUGGUUUCCCCACAGACUUUUACCAUCCCUCCCCUCUGUGUGUGUGUGGAGAGGCGCAGCGCUGUGGCCUUGGAGCGGACAUGGGACAUGUAAACAGUAGUCGGGCUGGAUUUUAAACCACGCACACCACGUCCCAAGUCCUCCUCCCGCCUCCUCCUCCUCCUUCUCUUCCCGGGGCGUCCGAGAUGGAGAUGGGGACGGAGAGGGUCGAGCCGGAGCAGGAGGGAGACGCGGAGCCGCCGAUGCACAGCGUCCACGGCACCAACCGGAUCAGACCGUCCUCGUACCGGGCCCUGCGCAGCGCCGUGUCCAGCCUGGCCCGCCUGGACGACUUCAGCCGGGAGAAGAUCGGCAUGGGCUUCUUCUCCGAGGUGUUCAAGGUGCAGCACCGCGUGUCGGGCCAGGUGAUGGCGCUGAAGAUGAACACCCUGGCCAGUAACAGAGCCAACAUGCUCAGGGAGGUCCAGCUCAUGAACCGCCUCUCUCACCCCAACAUCCUCAGGUUUAUCGGAGUGUGUGUCCACGAGGGGCAGCUCCACGCCCUCACAGAGUACAUUAAUGGCGGUAACCUGGAGCAGCUGUUGGGCAGCGACGUCUACCUGUCGUGGAGCGUGAGGAUGGUGCUGGCGCUGGACGUCGCCCGCGGCCUGCAGUACCUGCACAGCAAGGGAGUCUUCCACCGGGACCUCACCUCCAAGAACUGCCUGGUGCGCUGGGAGGGCAGCGUGUGCUCCGCCGUGGUGGGAGACUUCGGCCUGGCGGAGAAAAUCCCAGAUUACAGUGAGGAGGAGGACCAGGAGCCGCUGGCUGUGGUGGGCUCCCCCUACUGGAUGGCCCCGGAGGUGCUGCGAGGAGAGCUGUAUAAUGAGAAGGUGGAUGUGUUUGCGUACGGGAUCAUCCUGUGUGAGGUCAUCGGGAGGAUCCAGGCCGACCCCGACAUCCUGCCCCGCACCGAGGACUUUGGUCUGGAUGUGGAGACCUUCACGCAGAUGGCAGGAGACUGUCCUCCUCACUUCCUGGAACUGGCCAUCGCCUGCUGUAAUAUGAAUUCAAAGAUCCGUCCGUCUUUCUCUCAAAUCGUGUUGGAGCUGGAGAGGAGACAGGCGGAGAGGAAGCAGAAGGACGGAGCAACACUCAAAGCCGUUUCUCCGGUGGUCGGUCCUCUCCGGAGACGCUCCCUCUGCCUCCCGUCGGACCCUCGUCUGUCCCGCAGCAAAUCCGACAUGCUCCACCCGCCGGACACGCCCCCCUCCGUUACCAUGGCGGCGCCCGCCCGGGUCAACCCCUUCUCCCAGCGGGAGGACCUGAAGGGCGGCAAGAUCAAGCUGUUCGACACGCCGAGCAAGUCGGUCAUCUCCCUCACCUUCACGCUGCCGCCGCCGCCCGACUGCGACGACGCCUCCGAGUCAGACACGGACGGCGGCGGUGGCGUGCUCCCGAGGAGGCACCGCCGCUGCCACUCGCUGCCCUGCACGCCGCCGCCGUACCUCACGACGGCGCCCAACACCGUCCUCACCGAGGAGGAGGCCACGGUGAACGGGCUGAGUGAGGAGGAGAGGUUGCUAGGAGACGAAGAGGAGGAGAAAAGCGGGGCGGAGGAGGAGAACGACUCGGGACUCCCUCUGUCUCUGGACCUCCUGGACCAGGAGAAAGACGGAGACGAGGAGCCGAUGGACUGCUCCAGCUCCCCGGAGACGCAAGACAGCUCUUCGUCUCCUUACUCCAAUCUCUCUCCUCCUCCUCCUCCUUCUGACUCCUCCUCCCCCCUGCAGCCGGCCACGCCUCCUCUCUCUAACGGCUGGGGGUCGGCCGUCUCCAACGGGCCCCCGUGCCUGCCCCCCCUCUCACACCUGGACAACAACAACGUGGUGGUGGGUCGGCCGUCGGGGUGGCACUCCUCCUCCUCCACCUCCUCCUCCGCCGCCAACAACAACAACGGCUACCGCUGCGACCCAGCCGGCUCCUCCCCGUUUGGCUCGGGGAGCGGUCACUCCCCGGACCAGGAGGAGGUGGUCUCAUGUCCCGGCUGCUGCCUCGCCGGCCUCCGCUUCCCCUCCAUGUGUCUCCGGGCUCCGCCCCGCAGGAACCCCUACAAGAACCUGAACGGGGACCACGCGGCGUCCCGCGGGCUGCUCUGUCCGGGGCCCAAGGGGGCCCCGCCCCCCUCCCCCACCCCCCCCACCUCCUCCACCACCUCCACCAGCCUGGAGCCGGGCCUCGCCCUGCCGGGGGCGCAGACAUAGAAACCCCUUGUAGAACCUGAUAAUGUAAUAAAUUCCCGAUAAUGUAAUAACCCCGAUAAUGUAGUAAAAACCUGCACUUGAGUCCAUUGAAAAUGUAAUAAAACCUGAUAAUGUAAUAACUUCCCGAUAACUUCUCAAUAAUGUAAUAAAUGUGGUUACCUUAGGGUUAGGGACUAGGGAUGUUUUAGGGUUAAAGGUUACAUUAGGUUUAUGCUAGGGUUACCAUGGUUACCUUAGGGUCAGGGACUUCGUUCACUGAAAUAAAAAUAAAAACUAGAGGUUUUUUUUUAAAAAGGAUAACUAACUGAAACUGUAUUUUGUGGUUACAAAACUAACUAAAAUUAUAGUGAAAAUGUCCUUCGUUUUCUAUUUUCGAAAUCUAUUUCAUUUAUCUGGUUUUAUGACUUAAUAAACUUAUUGGGGCUGAGAUGGAUCAGACAAAGGAAAUAAAGGAAACAUUUAUUGGGACUUUUUUAAAUCUGGCACCCAUUACAAAAAAACUAAAACUAAUAAAAACUAAACUAAAACUAAGCAUUUUCCCAAAAAAUAAAAACUAAUAAAAAAACUAGCAAACUCACUCUAAAAACUCAUUAAAGUACUUAAAAUACUUGGUAAUAACUUCCCAAUAAUGUAAUACACUUUUUUUUUUUUACCAAUAAUGUAAUAAUGUAAGUAAGUUCAACAUUAAUGGAAGGUUAUUACAUUAUCAGGUUAGCCUUCACUUCCCAAGUCCUGAUAAUGUAAUAACUCCCCAAUAUUGUAAUAAUUUAACAGCAGACCACCCAUUACUUGGGUUCAAGUGGUGAUACUGUGAAGGCAACACUAGCUCAAGAGCUCUAGCGCCACCAACAGGUCAAAGUUGAAUGGUUAUUAACUUUUGACCCGUUCAUUCGUUUUUCACAAACGAGGUAUCCAUGACAACGAAUGCAUUCAACAGCUUCUUGAAAUCUAAAGGUGCUUGGUAUUAUACUUUAUUACAUUAUUGGUAAAAAAAAAAAAAAGUGAAUUACAUUAUUGGGAAAUGCACUUUAUUACAUUAUCGGGAAGCUAUUACAUUAUCAGGUUUUAUCACAUUUUCAAUGGACUCAAGUGCAGAUUUUUAUUACAUUAUCGGCAAUUUAUUACAUUAUCAGGUUCUACAACCCCUCGACACCAAAUGCACCGGAAAGUUUAAAAAAAAAAAAAAAAAAACUGCACCAAAAGCUCUUCCCUGGAAAUUAAGUGUGUCCUCUUUAGAAUUUGCACAGAUUUUACCGCAGCAAUACCCUGCUUCUUUUCCACACACGCUUCUUGGUGCAGACGGGUUUACUCCAGGCUGAACCUCCUCAUGAGGAGGAGGAACUUGUUGCAGGGCGCCCUCUGCUGGGCUGAAGGCGCCCUGCACGCUCGACUGAUCCACAGAACUCUUCAGCAUGUUCAAACACUCCAGUUUGGGGCCCGUUUGGUGGGUUGGUUGGUUGGAUUGUGUAUAAUUUUGCUGAUGUAAAGAUUCUUAUGACUGAUACUGAAAUGAGGAAUGUUAAGCUUAGUAUUAUUACUGCUGCAACGAUCUCUUUUGAUGUUUGGUGCUGUUUCUGAAUGAACAGACAUUUUGCUUUAAUGUCUUUAAUUAUGACAAGUGUGUGUGUGUGUGUGUGUGUGUGUGAGGCUGUGUGUGCGCACUCAAUGUGAGAGGCUGUGUGUGUGCACGCUCAGUGUGAGAGGCUGUGUGUGUGUGUGAGAGGCUGUGUGUGUGCACGCUCAGUGUGAGAGGCUGUGUGUGUGUGUGAGAGGCUGUGUGUGUGUGUGCACGCUCAGUGUGAGAGGCUGUGUGUGUGUGUGAGAGGCUGUGUGUGUGUGUGAGAGGCUGUGUGUGAGAGGCUGUGUGUGUGUGUGUGUGCGCGCUCAGUGUGAGAGGCUGGGUGUGUGUGCGCGUGCUCUGUGUGUGUGUGUGUGUGUGUGUGUUGUACACCGUGCCCUUUGACCUUUUUGUUGCUGUAUGAUCUCUAUCGGCCCUUCUGGUUGCCUGGUUAAGCACUUCCACUGUAUUACUGUUGUUAAUAAGGAAACUAUUGAUAUUAUUGUUAUUAUUACUUUUGGGAAUGAAUGGUCAAAGACCUGCUUAAGAGAUGUACAGAUUCUUAUUAUUUAAAGAUGGCGUUGAAUAAAAAGAUAUGAAUAGAAU